UUCAUUGUUCUGGGAGAGCAGAGGAACGGAGAGAGAGAGAGGAACAGAAGAACAGAGAGAAGAGAGGAAGAGAAGAACAGAGGAAGAGAGGAAGAGAAGAACAGAGAGAAGAGAAGAACAGAGGAAGUGGUGGGCAGGAAUUUAAAGUGUCAUUGUUCUGGGAGAGCAGAGGAACGGAGGAAUAGAGGAAGAGAAGAAGAGAAGAAGAGAGGAACGGAGGAAGAGAGAGGAGAGAGGAGGACAAGAGUGACUUCGUCUCGGCUGUGAAGCAGGAACUAAACCAGGGGGCGACCAACGGGCCGGUACCAGAACCAAACCCCAGCCAGACAGAACUACUGCUCCGAGGAAAACAUGUCGGGGAAGUCGAGCGUCGGCGGAAGAGCGGCGGUGCCGCCGUGUCUCGGCUGCGACGGCGGCUGCUCUGGAUUCCAGCCUCACCCCUGGAGGAAGUCCUGCACCGCCUGCGGCUGCAGCACGGCCGACCACGCCCCGACAGGAAGUGACCCGGAGGACGACCAGCGCAUGGGCCGCCUGCUGGCCGACUCGCCGUCCGCUCACCUGACGGCCAAGGUGAAGGGGGCCGGCGGCCUGCGGGUCUACAAGAGGAACCGGGUCACCGUCACCAACCCGCUGGCCACCGGCAAAGACCCCGACUUCGACACGCUGACCUACGACUGGGCGCCGGCCGGGAAACUGGCGGUCCAGUACAUGGAGCUGCUCCCAGAGGACCAGAGACCCGUCGCAGGCAGCCACGCAGCGCUGCGGCGCCGCCGGCAGCUACUCAGGCAGCUGCCCUUCUACGACCAGGACCCCAUGAAGUGCAGGAGUCUGGCCAGCGAGCAGGAGAUUUCCUCCAUGCUGCUAUUCGUGCAGCGCUACAAGCGGGAGGUUCUGGGCGUCGGCGAGGUGGCCUUGCCCGGGGAGGCUAGCGCUCUGCUGGAGGCCGCCGCCCAGAGGACGGCCAAGGAGACGGCCAAGGAGACGGCCAAGAACACCAAGGACGGCAGGAAGGACCGCGGCGGCAGGAAGGACACCGCGCAGCAUCAGGACCAGGACCAGGACAUCAGCAGCCUGGAACCGUCGGCCGGAGCUCCAAACGGGACGGAGGAUCAGACCCAACACCUCUGCUCCGGUUGCCACGGCGAGGUUGCCAUGGAGACCCCGGCGGUGUUCGCCGAGCGCGCCGGUUACCACGGUUACCGCUGGCACCCGGCCUGCUUCGUGUGCGCCGCCUGCGGGGACUUCCUGGUGGACCUGGUCUACUUCUGGUCCGACCACAAGCUGCUCUGCGGACGACACUUCUGCCAGUCGGUGCAGCCGCGGUGCUGCGGCUGCGAUGAGCUCAUCUUCUGUGAGGACUUCGUCACGGCGGCCGACGGAAGAACGUUCCACGAGCAGCACGAUCCGGGCCAACAGUGACCGGCGCCAGAGCCGCCGGUUCCCCCGGUUCCCCCGGAGCCGGCGGCUGCAGCUGAUCAUCUCCAGCAAGAGCUUGUGUUUAGUGUCAUAUAUCCUGGUUUAUGAGGACGACGCGUCCCGAUGGUUUAUUAGUGUUUACGACUUUCUGGCAGGACUAAGUGGAGCCGCGGCGCUACUAGCCGCUACGCUAGGCCGCUAGGCCUCCCUGGCCCGCCUGCUGCUGCUUGACUUGUUUGAAGUGCUUGAAGAAACACUUUCCGAUGGCCCUUGAAACACUUGAGGUGACGGGAAUUCUGGGAGUUCUGGUUCUGGUUCCACCUGCAGAGGAAAGGAAUAGCGGCGUGUUGACGUGUCCCAGCAUGCACCUGGGCUCCGGGCCCGGAGGUCUGGACUGUGGUUUGUGUUUUAAUCUAAAAUACAAUAAAGAACUUUUCCCCCUC